AUGAAUGCAUUCUGUGGUCGAUUCAAUGAGUGUAAUUGGAUAUCGGUUGAUCAGUUCCACUCCAAUAAUCUCAAGUCUUCCGCAUUUUUCCUAUCUCAUUGUCAUAGUGACCACAUGCAGGGCUUAGAUGGCGACCAGUUUUACGAAUUAAUAAAAGGGAAAUUUGCUGUGCUUUAUUGUCAUAAAAUAUCGAAGAUCUUUCUUGGUUCAGAGCUUCACCAUGCAAGACUGCUAGAACACAUUGUGCCUAAAAAUUAUAAUGAGAAAUUCACGGUUACUGCCAUUUGUGAUAACGAAGAACGCGAAUCACUGCUUCCAUCGUCAUCUGCUGAUGUUACAUUUUUGGAUGCCCAACACAUUCCAGGUUCUAUCAUGAUUCUGUUUGAAUUCCAUGGUGGCUUCAGACUGCUCUAUACAGGAGAUUAUCGCUUGUCAAAAGAUGAUUGGAUUGCUUGCGACAUGCUCAAAGACCCAUAUGCCAGUUCUGGUUUUAAACGUCUUGAUGCACUAUAUUUUGAUAGUACAUUCUGUCGAAAAGGAGCAGAAAAUAUACCAUCUUUGAAACAAAGUUGUGCAUUGUGUGUUAAGAUGGUGAAGGGAUGGCUGGAAAAAGAUUCGGACAAUAAGGUUUUAAUAUGGUGCGGUAGGUUUGGCCACGAGCUUUUAUUAAAAGCGAUUUGGGAUGAGCUUCAUAUUAAAUGUCAUGUAACCAUGAUGAAAUAUCGUAUCUAUUCAAAAAUUGAUUUUCUUGCUGAGUGUAUAACACCGAUUGCACGGAACACUCGUGUACAUGCAUGUACAGCAAAACCAACUGUAACGGAAGAAGUUUUCUUUGAGAAUAAACAAAAUGUGGUGGCGAAGAAAAAGAAUGACGUUAGCUUCAAACAAACGAUGUCAACUUGUUGGCUCUGUCGUCCAGAUCACAACAAUGUACGAGUAAUAAAGCCCUCAGCAAUUUGGUUUUUGAGAAGAAAUAAAAAAAAUGUGUUGGGAUAUGAAAAUAAUCGGUUUUGCCGUCUGUUUUACUCAGGCCAUUGUUCUGUUUCUGAAAUGGAAGAUGCUUUUAGCUUGUUAAGACCUGUACGUGCUUAUCCAAAUAGCACAGACAAACGCAGCAAAGAUUUUGCUAAAAAAUUAUCAAUGUACUUCAGAUUCGCUCAAACUAAAGAGGAAGAGGGAAGACUAAUGAAUGUUUCUUCUAUGUGA